UGCACUACUCAUCAAAUAUAACUUAUAUACAUCAACUCUUUAUUAUAAGUUUAGUAACAACCCUAAAAAAAUGUUGUCCAAAAGCCUAAUUUUUGCUUGCUUCAUUUUUGCAACCCUAGCCCUUACCCAUAUGUGCCAUGCACAAAAUUCACCACAAGACUAUGUUAACGCCCACAAUGCGGCCAGGGCCGCAGUGGGCGUUGGAAACAUACAAUGGGAUAAUCGAGUGGCGCAAUACGCCCAACAAUAUGCCAACCAAAGAAAAGGUGACUGUGCUUUGCGACACUCCGGCAGUAAACAGUAUGGGGAGAAUAUUGCCACCGGUAGUGGUGCUUUUCUGACUGGCACAGCCGCGGUAAAGCUGUGGGUAGAUGAGAAAGCCGAUUAUAACUAUAAUUCAAAUACUUGUGCUCCUAAUAAGGUGUGUGGACAUUAUACUCAAGUGGUUUGGCGUAACUCGGUUCGUCUAGGAUGUGCUAGGGUUCAAUGUAACAAUGGAGGUUAUUUCGUUACAUGUAACUAUGAUCCUCCAGGCAAUUGGGUUGGCCAGAAACCUUACUAAAUGUUUUGAUAAAAUUAACGACUAAUUCUCAAUAAACUGAGAACAACCUUGGAAUAAUAAUAAUAAUAAUAUAUGAUCAAUAUGAUAUAUAUGUAUCUCUUUUAAACCUUUCCUUUAACUUCAUGUUGUUAUAAUAAAGAGUGAAUUGGAAUAAGCUCACUAGAUCUUUUUUUUUAGUGAAAUUCACUUAAUUUUAUAUAUGUGGUACUCCAUAUUAUUAUGUAUGUAAGUUGUUAAGAGAGAUACAAAUGAAUAAAUGAAUGUAUACUUUAUUAUUUUAAUUA